AUGAGCAGCAACUCUUACUCGCAGCCGGCGGCCGGUACACCGAAGCGCCAGAGGGAUCGAGUCAGGAAACGAAGAAGUGCCCCAUCGACCCCUGUCAAGAAACGCAAGCUGGCAGCACCAGAAGACGAGACGCCCACGGCCUUCAUCCCUGACUGGAGAGACCCGCGGAUUUCGUUUGAGUGUUGGUCGGACGUGUUUCACUACGCGGCUAGGAUGACCGCAUCAUCGUCAGACGACAUGGCGACGGGCUGGCUCGUACACGCUGCCACGACGUGUCGUGCCUUCGCGGAACCGGCGCUCACGGCUCUCUAUCGCCGCCCAAUCAUCAGAAACUCUCUGAAGGCAAAGCGCCUGGCCUCGCUGCUGUCUCGACCGGCCACCCAGACCUUAUACAAUUACAGGGCCAAAAUUGAGACCCUGCUCAUCGACAUCCACAUGGUGCCACUUCACGCGUUGAAGUAUCUGAUCCAGUCGCUGCCACGCUUGAAGGAGCUGAUCGUCUACACGCCCCUCGACCAGCCACCCUACAGGCAGCUGGAUAAAUACGUACGAUGGAGCUACGCUUCAGACAUAUUCAAAGCUCUCGAACCGUCUAUUCCCCUUCCAGACGGCUCCAUUGACAAGCCGUUCCCAACCGUCUUGAAGAGCUGGGAGUGGAGCGGCCGCCUUAUUGGUGGCCAUGUGCCUACCCUAGAGAGCAUCAUCGGCAUUCACCAGACGGCGCCUUUCUCCAAGCUCACCAAGCUGGCCCUCACGAACUUUCAGGUUCCCUCGUUGAGCAAUCUUCACCAAGCGCCAGCCGACGAAGAGGGAGAGCUGCGUGCGCUCCACGAAGAUGGAGUAGUGAUUGACGUUCUUGCCAAGGCCAUUUCGCAGCUUGGCAACCUCAACCACCUGGUUUUUGAAUCCUCAACGGUGAUGAACGAUCGCUUGCUUCCACUAUUGCCUCAGAACCUGGGCCACCUGGAGCUCAUAAACUGUUGGGAAAUCAAGUCCGAGGACCUCACCAGGUUUCUGCGUACCCACGGCGGGAGCCUGCGCACCCUGAGCCUCCUGCAUAAUCAGUCCUUGGAUCUAGCCUUCUUGACUGAUUUGGCCGAAACGUGUCCCGGCCUCCGCGAGCUGCACAUGAAUCUUUCCUACUACCGUCAUCAUGAUAGUGUCAAUGACGCCGAUCCCAUGUACGAGCAAGCCCUGCUGCCUGAUCAGAUUCCCACGUGGCCGUCGACUCUUCGUGUCGUCAACAUUGAACACAUUCGAGACUGGUCUGUGGAGGCAGCUGAAGUGUUCUUUCAGUCACUCAUAAACAGCGCCGGCAAUCUGCCCGAUCUACGGCACCUGGGAAUUAAGGCGAUGCUCAACAUACCCUGGCAAGCCCGCGCGACGAUGCGGCAGGAGUGGCGCGACAAGAUGGAUAUGGUCUUCCUCCGACCCUUCACGCCCCCCCGUAAUUUCACGACCUUGCGCUCGACGCCUACAGAGGAACCGUGGCCCACCAAGAGCAGCCCCAGGCAUGCCAAGAAGCCACUGGGGGUGUCUGCACCCCCUUCGCGGCGCAGUGGCAGAAUUGCCGCUCACGACCGCGAUUCGGACUCGGCCGGAGCCAGGUCGAGCAAGUCUCUCCGACAACACAAUGGGGGCCGGCCCUUGUAUCGAGAACCCGAUACAGACGAAGACGAGGUGGAGUCGUCUGCAUCCGAGUCAGAUGAUGCGCCCGAAGCUCCGGAUGACGACCAGCCCAAGUUGACCGUGCAGGGCAUGUGCAACACAGUCAACAUCCUGGUCGACAACCAGAAAGUCGGAGAGCAGCAGUACGGCAUGGACGACUUCCUCGACGAAGACGAGCAGGAGUCGGAGGAGUGGGACGGCGACGACGACGACGAGGACGACGCCAUCGCCUUUUAA